CCGUGCAUGGUAAAUAUGCUUUUCUCUAUUUAAAACAGGAUCUUGUAUUUUGUGUCCUCAAAUAAACCGGAUCUAUACUUCGGCGGCUAAAAUUACAGUUUGCGUAAAAGUAGUAAGGUAGGUGCUGACACAUCGAGAGGUUGCUAAUCAUCAGCUUAUAACAGCGGCCGUUGGAUCCUCAGUGCCGGUCGAUCUGAACGGCGGAGGACGCGCUCGCCGCGAGCCUCGCAACCCCAUUGCAAUGGCGCUGUCGGUGCAGGUCUCCGCCGUCGCCGCCCAGCAUGUCAUCCCUCUCUCACGCCGCCUCGCGUCUGCUCCGGGCCCGGCGCCUCCUCUCACUCUCCACCGGUCCGGCUCCAGCUCCGGUCGGUUGGCGCGGCGGGCGAGCGUGCGGGUCCGCGCGGGCGCCAGCGGAGGCAGGCGGUCCCUGUACGAGGUGCUGGGCGUGGCGCCGUUGGCGUCGCCUGCCGAGAUCAAGCGCGCGUACCGGCGCCUUGCGCUCAAGUACCACCCGGACGUCAACAAGGAGGCGAAUGCUCAGGAGAAGUUUCUGAAGAUCAAGCACGCCUACAACACGCUGAUGAACUCGGAGAGCCGGCCCAAGUAUUCGGGCGGCGGCCAUGAUGCACAAGAGGAGUUUGAUUGGUUCGCGGCUGUCAUUAAAGAGAUGGAAACAUAUCUGAACUCGGAAGAUGGCCUGGAUUUAGAGUGCAAACCUGAAAGCGUGUGGGAAGCAGUAUUUUCGUGUUUUCUAAUAAUCGCCAUGCUUAUCUUCGUGCAUCAAGAAGACUUGAUUGUCCUCAUCAAGUUCUUAUCAUUAGAAGUGCGCAUUUUCAUCAAAAAGUGUUGUAUGACAAUCAACUCUUGUAUCAGAAAGAGUUGAUCGUCAGUGUUUAUGUAUUCUCUAAUGAUAACUGGUCUUAUCGCCACUCUUAUCUUCUAUAUACUAUA